AUGGAAUUACAAAAUGAUUUAUCAUUAGGUACAAGUCAAACAUCAUCGGAAUGUAAAUGGAAAACCGUUUAUGAUAACGUCUCGUGUCCAGAUCCUGACAUAAAUUAUUAUUAUUAUUCAGGGUUGAACGACGAUGAAAAAAUUAAAAUAAAUUUAUUGGAAAAAAAUUUCCUACAGGAAACUUCGUGGGAUCCCCACAAACACAAUUUGGUAUACAUUCACGGCUACGGUGGUGGUGGUGGGGGUGGGGGUGGUGACACCGAUGAAGUUUUUCCAACUUCCAUCAUAAAAAAUGCUUACAUAAAUAACGGAUCGUAUAAUUUAUUUAUCGUCGAUUGGAGUCCCCUUUCUAAACCUCCAUGUUAUUUAUCAUCCGUUUAUAAUUUAAAUAAAGUAUCCAAGUGCACGGCAGAAUUAUAUAAAAUGAUUCGUUCCAUGGGAAUAUCAUCGAAUGGUAUCACAUGUGUUGGUCACAGUUUGGGAGCACACGGUUGCGGAUUAAUUAGCAAACAUAUUGAUUUUAGAAUGCAUCGUAUAAUUGGUCUCGAUCCGGCCGGUCCAAUGAUAACAAGUAUGACAAGAUUAAAAUCGGAAAUGGCAAACGACGUCCAAGUAAUAUACACGAAUGCUGGAAAAUUCGGUGAUAUUUUCACCGAUGGAAAAGUUAAUUUUUGCAUAAACGGAGGAAAAAUUCAACCGAAGUGUAGAAAUUCAGAUAUCGGUAUGGAUUUAUGUAGUCACAUGGCUUCCGUAUGUUAUUUGGCAGAAAGCGUUGAUGGUACCAUUGCACGAGUGGCUAAACCAUGUGCUAGACAAUGUCCUUUUGGCCCUAGGAAAAGUCAAGGACCGAUUAAAGCCGUAAUAAUGGGAAAUUCAUUUCCGGAUGAUUUUUUUUUCGGUUUUGCAACAGCAAGUUAUCAAAUCGAAGGCGGAUGGAAAGAUGAUGGUAAAGGAGAAAAUAUUUGGGAUAGAUUGGUACAUAAUGAUAAUGAAAAAAUAAAAGAUGGAUCGACUGGAGACAUUGCUUGUGAUUCAUAUCAUUUAUAUAAAGAAGAUGUUCAAUUGUUAAAAAAUUUAAACGCUGACGUUUAUAGAUUUUCUUUAUCAUGGUCAAGAAUAUUACCUAAUGGAGAUUUAUCUAAAAUCAAUCAACCUGGAAUUAUCUAUUAUAAAAAUUUAUUAAAUGAAUUGAUAAAUAACAACAUAAAACCGAUGGUAACUUUAUAUCAUUGGGAUUUACCUCAACCCUUACAAAAUUUGGGUGGUUGGACGAAUCCAAUAAUUGUUGAUUAUUUUGAAGAUUAUUCAAAACUUGCCUUUCAAGAAUUUGGAAAUAUGGUUAAUUGGUGGAUAACAUUUAACGAACCUUUUGAAAUAUGUAAAAACGGUUAUGGAGAAAAUUCAAAUGCUCCUGCACUUAAUAUGUCCGGAAAAGCUGAUUAUUUAUGUGCACAUAAUAUACUUAAAUCUCACGCACGUGCUUUUCAUGUUUACGAUGAAAUAUUUGCAAAAUCCCAAAAAGGUCAGGUAGGCAUUACACUAAAUGGUGGUUGGAAUGAGCCAUUGACAGAUUCAGAAGAAGAUAAAAUGGCUGCUGAAACUGCUCUGGAAUUUUCCAUUGGUUGGUUUCUUCAUCCUAUACUUGGACCAGGAGGAGAUUAUCCAAAAAUAAUGAGAGAAAAUAUAGAUAAAAAUAGUAAGAAAGAAAAUUUACCGAGAUCAAGACUUCCAAAUUUCGACAAUUUUUGGAAAAUACACAUUCAAGGAACUCUUCAUUUUCUUGGUGUAAAUCAUUAUUCUACUUACCUUACGACACCAUCCAACGAAAUAUAUCCUGUUCCAUCUUAUAUGAAUGAUUUAGGAGUUUCUUUUAGUCAAAAUUCAUCAUGGCCUCCUUCUAGUGCUUCUUGGUUAAAAGUCGAACCGAUCGGAUUUCGAAAAAAAUUAAAUUGGAUUAAAAAUUACACACGUAAUUUUCCAAUCAUAAUCACCGAAAACGGUUAUGCAGACGAUGGAAAACUCUGCGAUACAGAAAGAAUUAAUUAUCAUUCGAAAUAUUUAAACGAAUUAUCGAAAUCAAUUUUGAUUGAUGAAUGUAAUGUAAUGGGAUACGUUGCUUGGAGUUUAUUUGAUAAUUUCGAAUGGAAUGACGGUUACAGUUUAAAAUUUGGAAUAUACAACGUUAAUUUCACGCAUCCCAAUCGUAUUAGAAAAGCAAAAUCAUCCGUUGAAUUUUUUAAAAAAUUAAUAAAUAAUCAUACAAUUGAACCAUUAUUAAAUUAA